AUGACUGUGUUCAAGAGGAACAUCCCUGCCCCGAAUCAGAUGUCUCCUGUCCUGGGACGCAGCUCCGGACGAUAUCGCACAUCUGCAUUAUGUACUGAUUUGGACGCCUUGUUGAAUCGACUGCAUUACUGGAACGUCUCAGUAAGUUCACCGAAGAGUGAGUUUGGAAAAUUGUGCAUUCCAUAUCUGUCACAUGAGAUUAGCGCUGAAGGAAUUAGGGCGACGCCGAAGAUCGCCAAGGGCGUUCAGGAUUUCCCGUUCCAGACAACGAUGAAGGGGGUGCUAUCCUUCUUGGGUAGCCUGAACUACUAUUACAAAUUCAUCGAGGACUACUCCGAGAUCGCGGCCUCCAUGUAUGAACUCUCGGACGACCAAGUACGUUCAGAACGAGAUUUGUCAAGGGCAAAACAAGUGUUCGAAAUCCUGAAGCACAAGAUCGUGCCGACCCCGGUAUUGCGGCACCCUGGCAUGACCAAGCCGUUCGUCAUCAUACCCCAUGCGAACCAGUGGGCUGUUUAUGCAGCCCUGUGUCAAGAACAUGACGGCAUGAUCCAGCCAGUACGUUUCACGAGGCGCGUUCAACACGAUGCAGAAUUGAGAUAUCACAUCGCUGAGAAAGAAGUCAUCGCCGUGCUGAAGUGCUGCAUGUUUUCAAAACGCUCAUCCAGGGAUGCCCCUUCAUCGUGUAUACCAGACACUCAGUGCUGA